CUCAAGGUCACUGCAGUAAUUCCAUCUGAGCCGCCGGGCGCUGCCGCCUUAUCUCCCGCACAGCUUCUGUUUCACUCCCUUUAUACUCUGGGGUGGGGAUAUUGUGUUUGAUAAACCCCGCUGCUUUUAACGCCGCUGGAAGCCCUCUAGCCAGGGCCACGCUUCUCUCACCCCUGCCCCAGCCCCUGCUUCCCAUCUCUUCCCAUGCAGACUUCCCAGGCCAUCUCGUGGCGGGUGAAGUCCAGCUGGGAUCGGGACUCCGGCCAGGAUGAGCAGUGCCGGAGCCUGCCACCUUGGACCUGGGGUUUGUCCUGCCAGGGGACCUGUUGGAGGCAGGAGGGACCGUCCUGCCCCGCAGGAGGAGUGCUGGUGUUUGCUGGGCCAGUGACACCUUUGGAAAAUGCGACUUUAUCUCCCUCCUGGGUGUUGGUGGAAAGUGGAGCGUGGAGCCAAGUCCUGGAGGACUUUGCUGCGUCGCUGCCCUUGUCCCGAAGGUGUUUCCAUGCCAGGCGGGCAACGGCGUGGCUGUCCGCACCACAGGCUCUCCCGGCAGGAUCCAAAGGCCGUGCCGACGGGCUGCAUUGCGAAAGGGAAUUGAUACAGGGAAGCGUCUUGAAAGAAACUUUGGCCACCCGCGAGCGCAGCGGUGCCAGGCUCCUCUCUGACUCACGGGGGACGUUGCCGGCGGAGCCGUGGGGCGCCCAGCCGCUGGCCCGCAGGAGCAGGAGGCACCAGUGAGGCUGUGGCUGUGAGCACCCAUCCCUUCUCCACUGUUCCUGCUCGCCGCCGGCGGGUCUCCAGCACCGCACAGCCAUGACGACCUCGGCGCUGCGCCGGCAGGUGAAAAACAUCGUGCACAACUACUCGGAGGCAGAAAUCAAGGUGCGGGAGGCCACCUCCAAUGACCCGUGGGGACCCCCCAGCUCCCUGAUGUCGGAGAUUGCCGACCUCACCUUCAACACGGUGGCCUUCGCUGAGGUCAUGGGCAUGAUCUGGCGGCGGCUGAACGACAGCGGCAAGAACUGGCGUCACGUCUACAAAGCCCUCACCCUCCUGGACUACCUCAUCAAAACCGGCUCUGAGAAGGUGACCCACCAAUGCCGGGAGAACCUCUACACCAUCCAGACGCUGAAGGACUUCCAGUACGUGGACCGGGAUGGCAAGGACCAGGGCAUCAACAUCCGAGAGAAGGUGAAGCAGGUGAUGGCACUGCUGAAGGACGAAGAGCGGCUGAAGCAGGAGCGGGCGCACGCACUGCAGACCAAGGAGCGCAUGGCCCUGGAGGGCAUGGGCAGCGGCAGCCACCAGGUCACCUAUGGCCGUCGUGCAUCGCCCUAUGGUGACGACUAUGGCCGGGCACGGGGCUCGCCCUCCUCCUUUAACUCAUCAUCCUCAUCCCCACGGUUCGCUUCUGACUUGGAGCAAGCGAGGCCCCAGACGACGGGCGAGGAGGAGCUGCAGCUGCAGCUUGCGCUGGCCAUGAGUCGGGAGGAGGCGGAGAAGAAGCCACUUCCUCCAAUUUCCAGUACAGAUGAAGAAAGGCAAUUGCAGCUAGCGCUCGCGCUGAGCAAAGAGGAGCAUGAGAAGGAGGUGAGGGCUUGGCAAGGGGAGAACUCCCUGCUGCAGAGAGCCAUGGAGGAGACUGCCCAGGGCAGGGAGGAAGAGGAGGAAGAGGAUAAGAUGAAGAAAAGCCAGUCCUCUAUCCUGGAGCUGGCAGAUAUAUUCGGGCCGGCACCAGCCCCCUCCAGCCACACGUCUGCUGACCCAUGGGAUAUGCCAGAUAUGAAACCCAAAGCGGAGCCAGCAGCCUCUGCCUGGGCUGGUGCAGCUGACCCCUGGGUGCCAGUCCCAGCCACCGUCGGGGAGCCCCUCGCCCAGGCGAGCGCCUCGUCCCAGCAACCCUCUGCCGGGCCCUGGGAUUUCCCCCCUGGCACCACUGCAGCCUCUGACCCUUGGGGGAAGGCUCCCUUGACUUCUGGCUUCCCUCCUGCGGACCCCUGGGGCACAGCGUCCCCCCCCACCCAGGCCACUGGUUCUAUGCCAGCUCCUGACCCUUGGGCCGCUGUGGCUGAGCAACCUCCUAAUCCUGCUCCAGGGGGGGACGCUUUCGAUCUGUUUGCAAAGCUGCCCGAGCCAGCCGAGCCGCCGGAGCAGGAGCCCUCGCAGCCACCCUCCUCGGCCAAAUCCAACAGCCCCGUCGAGCUAGACCCCUUCGGCGACCUGUUCCCCAGCACCAGGCAGGAUGGGGCGAAGAGCUUCGACCUUGCCAACCUGGCCGACUCCCUGCCUGAAGCUGGCAAGGAGCGGAAGGACUGUAAAACCCCCGAGGCCUUCCUCGGCCCCGCCGCCUCCUCCCUGGUCAACCUGGACUCCCUGGUCGCGCCUGCACCAGCCUCCAAGACGCGCAACCCCUUUCUCUCGGGUGCACGUUUCUAA